AUGAGUAGUAGGGGGCACGCUAACUUAAAUGCUUCUGUAGAGAAAGACAAACAGGGCAGAUGGCCCCAUAACAGGGAAGGAGGAGGGGCACACAAGGAGAGCAAAAGGACCAACCACGUCGAUCGUCAGAAGAAGGAUUCGUACCUGUCCAGUGAGAGGACUCACAAGCAUGGAGUUGCUUCGAAAGAUUUGAGGAGCCAAGCUUCCACCAAUGAUCAGCACCUCUUCUCCGGCAGGGGCAGCAAAGGGGGAAGCAGAGUGGAAGGCAGAGUGGACCAUCGCGGUGAUCACCGGGGUGGCCACCGAGGUGACCCCAAACAGCACAAGUCCUCCCACCACCGGCACCACAAGGACUCACAUCGGCACCACCGAAGAGACUCCCACCGACACCACCGCAGGGACUCGCACCGGCACCACCACCCCCAGAAGGAGGUAGAUACAAAGGAAACCUCAUCGGGUGGUCUCCUAUGGAGCUGCGUCAAGAGCGUCUGCUCCUCCUUCGCAUCCGUCGUGAGGAAAAAUAUUUUUACCAACGAAAAUGCCUUGAAAGACAGUGGGAGGGGCAAGAUCGUUUCGGAUCACUCCAGAUUGAUUGACAAGAAUGCACAGAGGAGCAAACAGAAGGAUCCUUUGCAGGAGGACCAUUCGGCUGCGCCCCUGAGGAGGAACCACAUGGAGGGGGAGAAGCGGACAGUGGAAGGGGACUUCUCCCCCGCAAGCAGCCACGAUCAUGCCGAAGGGAAGGAUGCCAGAAAGGAAGAGGAGUUGCUCGAGCGGGGAAGUAAUCUGGUUAAACAAAAUGAUGAGAGUGUGCCAGGGCGGAUGAAAAAAACAAAAAGCGGAUCGUACCAAAUUUCUGAGAGCGACAUGAGGAACUUAUUUAUGAUGGGCAGUGAGGACAGGGGGGAAGGUCACUCGCAGGGGGAUGCCAAGCGGGUGGACGGUGGUGAGGGGCUCGAUGGGAGAAGCGAACGAACCGAGUUCGGCCCAGGAAUGGUUAAGAAGCGCGAUGGGGGGGAGCACGCAGUGGGGGAGCACGCAGUGGGGGAGCACGCAGUGGGGGGAGAGACCCCCUUGAAGGGAGAGACCCCCUUGAAGGGAGAACCCCCCUUGAAGGGAGAACCCCCCUUGAAGGGAGAACCCCCCAUGAAGGGAGAACCCCCCGUGGGAGGGCCGCAAACAAUUCCAAACAUAACGAUACACAGCGGCAGCUUUGACAAGCGCAGCCAGAGGGGCGACUUGAAGUCUGGAGGACGCCGCGCGACCCAUUCGUCGGAGGAGCGUACGCCUGGUGAGGAGAAGGAAGCGGGUCGCAGGGGAAAGGGCAGCCCCCCCCCGUCUGGCAGUAGCAGCGCUAGCAGCGGCAGUAGUAGCGACACCGAUGGGGAAGCUCUCCGAAGGGGCCUCUACGCGAAGGACAACUUUUUGAGGCAGCUUCUGCAGGCGGGCCAGGAGCACAGCCUGGAAGAGGGGGAGGAGGAGUACGCAGAAGGGGGAGGAGAAAAGGAAGGCGAAGUGGGAGGCGAACUGGAAGGCAAACCGAAGGGUAAGCAACCCGCGCCGAGCAACAAAACGAUUGCGCCAGGUCAGAACGGCUACAUAAGGCCCGAUCAUGGAAAGAGUCCCCCGCAAAAUGGUGUGCACCCGCCGGGGGAUCAAAUGCCGCCUCUGCAAAGUGACAGCGUGGAGAAGUUGUAUUACGAGCACAUUUUUGAGGACGCAGAGAGGAAAGGGAAAUCGGUGGGGGAGUCGGACGACAGCUGCGCGGACAGCUUUAAGAAUAUCUUCUACCAUCCGAAGAAGAGGGGGAAGAAGAAGGGGCGGGGGAAGCAGGAAAAAAGCGGCUCCGAGGUGGAAGAGGUGGAAGCGGCCAACUCAGAUGUCGCCUCCAACUCAGACUCCGCCUCCAACUCGGACGCCGCCGCCAGCCUGGCCGCCGCCAGCCUGGCCGCCGCCAACCCGGCCGCCCCGCACAAACGGGCGCAGUACUUCCGAAGCUACAUCAAGAGCAGCGAGGAAAUAAAGCAAAUUCGGUUCGAGUUCAAGCAGCUGAUCCAGACGAUAGACUCCUUCAUUGUGCAAAACUCAACAGGGGAAGAAAUCUUGGGCGAGAAAAGUGCGGCCCAGGGAAAUGACCUCCGAAGUGGAGAGCAGAACUCACACAAGAGGGAGAGCAAAAAUGAGGCGACCUACUUGGAGAUGGAAAAGGAGAACGUGGCGGCAGACGGGGGGUCUACAGAUGAACCCUGCAUGAGAUUCAUCGACGGUGUUACGUCGGAGGAUAAAAGUGGCUACGUAAUUCUGAAGAAUGAUGAGGAGUCCCUUAUAGAGGCGCUGGAGAAGCUGCGGAUCGACAAGAAGAGGAAGGAGGAGCGGGAGAAGCAGCGGGAGAAGCAGCGGGAGAAGCAGCGGGAGAAGCAGUUGGAGGAGGAAAAUCGACUUGACCAAGCAGACGCCGCAGCGGUGAUAGACCCAGGCAUUUUCUUCAAGUGCAUAAACAAGGACCAUUACGAAAGAGCCGCUCAGAUACUACGGCAAAAGGGAGAAAGCAACGUCCUCAUAGACAAGUUCAACGUGCCCCUUUUGUAUUCUCAAAUCAAAUGUCUAAUGGACACGAGGUGGCUAAACGACGAAGUCAUUAACUUUUACAUGAGCAUGCUUCAAGAACAUAAUGAAAAAAAUAUUAAAAGGGAUAAGCCAAAUAAUAAUUUGCCUAAAAUUUUUACCUUUAGCACUUUUUUCUUCCAAUCCUUGAGCUCCAAUGGAACAUACAGCUACAACAAGGUGGCCAGGUGGACCAAGAGGAAGAAGGUAGACAUCUUUGCCUUCGACUUGAUUCUUAUCCCUUUGCACGUCGGGGGGAACCACUGGACUUUGGGGUCUAUUAACAUGAAGGAGAAACAAAUUAAACUGUAUGACUCGCUGAAUAUGUCAAAUGUGAAGUUCUUCGAGUACAUGCGGCGCUACAUCGUCGAUGAGAUGCGCGAUAAGAAGCAGAUGGAGCUGGACGUGUCUGCGUGGGAGUACAGCCGGGACGGCCGCUCGGAGGUCGGAAUCCCCUGCCAAGAGAACGGCUACGACUGCGGCGUCUUCACCUGCAUGUUCGCCAAGUGCCUGAGCUUUAACCGCAGCUUCGACUUCAGCCAGCGGGACAUCAGGGAAAUUCGAAUGAAGAUGGUUUACGAAAUAUCGCAGGGCUGCCUGAUCUUUUGA